AAAAAUUUCUCAUUUUAGAGAGAGAAAAUCAAUGAACAGAGGCUUUUGUUCCUCCUCUGAGAUCAUCCUGAAAAGGGCAAUCAAGAAUAAGAGAGAUUUUUUUUUUUUUUUUCCAUUUUUUUCUCAUUAUCCAUGUUAUUUUCCCGCCCGUCAUCAUCGUCACCGACCCCCGACCUUUGCUUCGCUUGCAUUUUCAUCAAUCCUUCCUUUCGUUUACAGAAUUUUCCAAUUUAUGAAAUCACCCCACCACCAACCGUCUACAACAACAGCUGAGCAAUUUAUUGUUCCAUUGACUGCCCUUUUGCCCCCUUUCUUCUGAAGAUAUAUUUGAAACCGACAACUGCUCCGAUAUCUGUAAUCCUUGGCCGCCGCCUCUAGUGCCGUAUGUUGUUUGCCAAGCAAUGGGGUUUAGAUGGAACACUAAUGGAGUCCAUUUAUCGUGUUUAGCGAUAUUGAUUCUUAUUUUUGGAACUCGAGGGUGUUGGUCACUCAAUUCUGAAGGAUUGGCAUUGUUGGAGUUCCGUGCAAGAGUUGAUUAUGACCCAUAUGGUGCUUUUGCAAACUGGAACCGUAUUGAUAAUGACCCAUGCCUGUGGUCAGGGGUUUAUUGUGUCAAUGGUAAAGUGGAAAAGCUGGAUCUUAACGGACUUUCUUUGGAAGGGGAACUGCCUACAGACCUUGGGAAGCUAUCUUACGUAAGAUACAUUGUACUUUACAACAACCAUUUUUCCGGUGCCAUUCCGAAAGAGAUUGGAGGGCUCACAAAGCUGGAGGUAUUGGACUUGAGAAAUAACAGUUUGAGUGGAACUAUUCCAGCAGAAUUCGGAAGACUGCAGUCGCUGAAACGUUUGUUGAUUUGUAACAAUAGCUUUGAAGGGGAAAUUCCUCUAGAGCUGAGGAAGCUCAAUCUUCUCUCUAAAUUGGAGUUUGAUGAAAGACUAUCAUCCACUAUGAACACUCGGAUUGGCUGCAUAAAUAGAAAAUUUGGUUAUUGCAUCUGGCAGAGCAGUUUGAAACAGCUAAAGAGGACAGAUUCCUUCAGAAUCCGAAUAAAAGUGAUCCUACAACGUUAUUGCAACUUUUUGACACGGGUCAAACCUGAAAAGGAUUCCUUACACACUCCUGCAUAUAGUUGCUGCAACAAUCUACCAGUAGGUGCGGGUGAGACACAUGUGGUCCAAAAUGUAGAAAACCUAGUUACUAUUGUGAGGCGAAGGCUACUUCAACAAUCCAGUAAUCUCAAUGCUGCCCCAGCAGCUAUAGGUGGGCCCCUUCAUGAACAGAUCAUUGGUCUUCCAACUAACCGAAGUAGCGGAUCUUUCCCUGCAAUACCAAAUGCCAAGAAAGGUCAAUUUCAUCAACCUGGACGUUCUUCUACUGAUCCUUCACCCCAACAUAAUCAUAAUGCAUCGAAUCCCAAUAAUCUUCCGAUUAAUCAAAAGCCUUCAUCCGGUGGAACUUCUUGGAAUACGUGGAAGUAUAUUGUUUUGAUUACAAGCGUUUCUGUGUUGCUUAUUGUUGCGGUGGCCAUGUUAUUGGUGUGUCGGAAACGUGCAGUGUCAACUGUUGGUCCUUGGAAGACUGGACUGAGCGGACAGCUGCAGAAAGCAUUUGUUACAGGGGUUCCCAAACUAAACCGACAAGAGCUGGAAAAUGCUUGUGAGGAUUUCAGCAACAUUCUCGAUAACCGUGGUGGUUGUAUAGUAUACAAGGGGAUAUUAUCAAGUGGAGUUGAGAUUGCUGUUGCAUCAACUGUAAUAUCUUCUACCAAAGACUGGACAAAACGCUCUGAACUGGCUUACAGGAAGAAGAUUGAUACACUCUCAAGAGUAAACCACAAGAACUUUGUUAAUCUUAUUGGAUACUGUGAGGAGGAUGAACCUUUUACUAGAAUGAUGGUGUUUGAGUAUGUUCCAAACGGAAGUGUCUUUGAGCAUCUUCAUGUUAAAGAAGUUGAAAAUCUUGACUGGAAUGCCAGGAUGAGGAUAGUUAUGGGAUCUGCAUACUGUCUUCAGUACAUGCAUGACCUGAAUCCACCAGUUGCACAUUCCAAUCUCGUUUCACGUGCUAUCUUUGUGACCGAUGAUAAUGCUGCUAAAAUUGUGGAGAUUGAUUUCUGGGCGGAGUUUGCUUUAAAAUCCAAAAUCUCAGGGGAAAUUGAAUCAGAACAUUCUGAGCUGCGUCCCUCUUCUGAUCCUGAAACUAAUGUGUACAGUUUUGGAGUAUUGUUGCUUGAAAUCAUUUCUGGGAAAUUACCUUACUCCGAAGAACAAGGACCUCUUGUGAGCUGGGCUGCUGAAUAUUUGAAGGACAAGCGGAGCAUCACCUACCUAAUCGACCCGGCAUUGGAGUCAGUCAAAAAUAACGAGCUCGACAUUAUAUGGGAGUUAAUCCACGAUUGUAUUCAUCAGGACCCGAGGAAGAGACCAACGAUGAAACAAGUCACUUCAAGACUCAGAGAAGUGAUUGAUAUCUCACCUGAAGCAGCAACUCCCAGACUGUCUCCCCUCUGGUGGGCCGAACUCGAGAUCCUAUCUGCUGAGGCAUCUUAAUUCUCACUAACUUUCUCUAACCGUAAGUCGAGUCCCUCUCUUACUUCAAUUGAAACUUUCGGUUUUUAACUUGUUAAAUAUGCUUGUGUCUCUGGUAGUCAAUCAUGUCGAUGCGUUGAUUUAUUCCAUUCAAAUUCUUUCACAUUUGUUUGCUUAUAUCAACUCCACAAUAACGCAGAUGAGUUUCACAAGUCUGAACCUCAAGGAUAAUUGGUAUCCGUAUAUGUAUUUUUACCAUAUAAGAUUGGUAUGUAAAAAGGAAAAAAACUUCAGAGUGGGAUUUGUGUUUGGGGCUGAAGUCUGUAUUUUACCAUAUUAUUAUUCUUUAGUCUAUUGGAGAAUGUACACAUUCUUUUUCAUCA